AUGGCACCAUUCGAAGCUUUGUAUGAUAGGAAAUAUAGAAGCCCGUUAUGUUGGAACGAUAUAAGUGAAACAGUUAUACUUGGACCUCGAUUGAUUGAAGAGACGGUGCAACAGGUUAAGGUGAUCCAAGGAAAGAUUAAGGCAGCCCAAGAUCGUCAGAAAAGUUACGCUGAUCUGAAGCGUAUGGAAGAAGAAUAUGAAGUGGGCGAAAAAGUGCUUUUGAAAUCGAGACGAUAUAGCCUAGAUAAAUCGCAUGUGUUGCAACCUGAAAGAGUUCAAAUUGAUGAGAACUUGUCGUAUGAAGAAAGGCCUAUUAAGAUUUUAGACAGUAAGGUUAGAAGUACACGGAAUAAGGAUGUUAAAAUUGUUAAGGUGCUCUGGUCUAAUCAGAAGUAUGAAGAAGCAACACGGGAAGCAGAGGCUGAGAUGCGAAAGAAAUAUCCAAAGUUGUUUGCAGAAGGUUAG